AUGUCAGAGGUCAAUGCUCAACCAACCGUUGUGAUCAUUGGUGCAGGUAUAAUUGGUUUGACCAGCGCCUUAGCUAUUCAGUCAGUGCUUCCCAAGGGCUCGUACAAAAUGGUGUUGGUGGCACGAGAAUUUCCUUCGCAGGCGGACCAUUCCGUUGACUACGCUUCAAUGUGGGCGGGUGCGCAUAUGAGGCCUAUUCCUGCGAGUACACCGCAGUUGGCCCGGGAGGCUGAAUGGCUGCGGCAUACCGUUGCAGUUUUUGAUUCGCAGUCUAAGCGAGAGCCUUGGAGGGGAGUCACCGCGACCACUGGUACUGAAUACCUAGACGCCCCGGACGAGUUUUAUCAGGCCCAAAAUACGGCCAGCUUUACUGCGGAAAGUGGACUAUCCGGUUAUCGUCCAUUACAGCCGGACGAGCUACCGGCUGGGACAAAAAUGGGGUUCACUUAUAGCACUUUCUGCGUUAACCCACCGGUAUACUGUGAGAGCCUGGUUCGAACCUUUCUCUUACGUGGGGGAUCUAUCAUGCGGAAAAGUCUCGCCAGCGAAUGGGAAGGGUUUAACAUAACUGGCUGCAACGUACGCGUUGUGGUCAACGCGAGUGGGAUGGGGUUCGAUGAUCCUGAAUGUUUUCCAACUCGCGGUCAAACCAUCCUUACAAACCUCACUUCAGUCAAGCAGACAGUAACUCGUCAAAACGGCGAUGGCACAUGGAGUUUUAUAAUCCCUCGGAUUCUCGAUGGAGGGACUGUUAUUGGAGGCACCAAAGAACCAAAUGAUUUGCAAGUUGAGCCAAGACCAAGCACACGACACCAGCUCUUGUCCAAUUUUUCCAAAAAUAUUGACACGGCAGAGUUGAGAGCUUUGCCAAAGGACUUUCUCAUGGAUCGGGAUAUAAUUCUCCGGGAUAUAGUCGGUCGACGACCAACCCGCAGAGGCGGCAUGCGUGUGGAAGUUGCAAGGGCUACGAGAUCGGACGUCAAUAGGGCCAAUCAUGAACCGGCAAGUCAAUUUGUGGUCCAUGCAUAUGGUGCUGGUGGUAGAGGAUACGAGAUAUCCUGGGGCGUCGCCCAAGAAGUGGCCGGCUUUGUAAAGCAGGAGUUAUCAACCACAUAUUGUUAA